AUGGGUGACCCCCGUCCCCCUAACCCUCCAAUUCUUCCGGAUCUCCUGAUUCUCAAUCCUUCUUCUCCUUUCAUCCCCCCCUCUGCUCCAUGUUCUUCCCCAGAUUCGUUGAUGCGGGAAGCAAACCAGUCACCUCCGCCGGUGAUUAUUGUCACUCGUGGCUCCUCCUUCACCAAGAAAGGAAUCUUGGGUGCUUCUCCUCCUGCUUCUCCGUCCAAGGCUUCUACCCAAGAAACUAAUAGUGCUCUUCCCACUACUAAGCCAUCUGCAAAGGUUGGGAAAGCUACGUCUGCUAAAUCGAUUCCGAAAUCGACAGCUUCUCUCUCAGUUCCGAAAGAUAUCGGCGGAGAUUUUAAUUGGGCAAAAAGUCUAAAAUCUACUUGUAAGAUUAAGACUUCCUCGGUCCCUGUUUCUUAUUCAUCCGAAGGUAUCCCAAGGGUGAAAAUUCCAAAUGAGGUUUUUGAGCGUGGUGCUGAACUUCACUCUGACUACAUCGUGGGUAUCUUCUACGGUAAUCCUCCUUCCUAUGGCAAGAUCUGGGGGGUUCUAAAUUACCUAUGGGGUAAAGAUAAAAAAGUUACGAUUCACAACUUAACUUCCAAUGCCUUUCUCUUUCGCAUUCCCUCCGAGUCAUUAAGAAAGAGAGUCUUGCAGCACGAGCUAUGGAGAGUUGGAGACUCUCCGUUCUUUGUGACGGAAUGGAAAGCUUCUUAUAGCCUGAAUCCGCCAUCCUUGCAGAAGGCUCCGAUUUGGACAACCAUCAAAAACAUACCUUUUGAUUUGAUCACGGACGUAGGCCCCAGUCUUAUUGCUCGGCCUUUAGGUGAGGUGGUUGAUGCGAAACCAUAUACCAGUGUUAAUUCAGCGACCAUCAAAAUUGUGGUUGAUCUUACCAAGGAACUGCUUCCCACAAUGGAGAUUGAACGAGAUGAUGGUCAGAUUGUGACACUUGAAGUUAGUUACCCCUGGUUGCCUCCUUUAUGUUCCAUCUGUAAGGAGAUUGGCCAUAAAGAAAAUCUCUGCCCCCAGAUUCCAAAAUCUGCUGAGAACAAGGACGGAGCUUCAUCAUCGGGUUUGUCUGCUGAGGAAAAAGCCAGGGAAGGUCGAGGAAAAGAAAAAGCGGUAAAGAAGCAAGCAGUGUGGAGUGAGAUAAAGAUGUCAAAGAAGUCAGCUUCGAAGAGUGAUCGUACUAGCAAAAGUUCGGUCCCUAAUCCUCUAAUAGACCGUACUAGCAAAAGUGCGGUUCCGGAGAAAGUUGUAUCUCAGGAAAGGUCUCUCUUAUGUACAGAGUCUCAGAUAAAACUCAACACCAUGCCAAUGUCUAAAGCCAGUAAGUUGCCCGUAGAAAAUUCCGGUGAGUCCAACUUGGGAUCAGUGGGUAUGUACGUCAACGAUGAGAGAUCAAUUGUUCUGUCUGGAGAAAAAACUAUCAGUGGAGAGAAAGGUUUCAAAGAGGUCUCUCGUGCCUCCCCUGCCAGGAAGGUGCCGACCCCAGAAAAAUUGUACUCUGGAAUAGUCUCCAAGAAUGCUUUUGCUGCUUUGUCAAAUGAUGAGGAUGGGCUCUCAGACGAAGGCUGUCAGGAGAUUGUGAUCCAUAACGAGGCUUUAGCAUCUCCACCAACACCUUUCUUCUUAGGCUCUCCAAGAGCUUCCAGAAAAAAGAGGAAAUGGAUGUCCAAGAACUCACCGAUCUCCGGUGGCGAUCUCCCUCUGAUCUCAGGGGGUUGUCACCAAAACUAA